AUGUUAUUAACAAAACACAAAUUAUCCCUGCUGAUAAAGGCUUUCAAUUUGAAAUUAAAUUCAGAUUAAAUUUGGAAGGAAUUUUAAAGAAAAGGAUUACUAAUUUAAAUAAAUCAUAAUAAUGACUUGGCCGUCAUCCAACUCGAUUAACUUUAGAAUAAUUCAUUAAGUAUAAAUCAUAGAACAAUAUUAGAAACUUGUUUUAAAGGGUGGGAAAUCUUCUUAUUAUUUAAAGCUUUUCUCAUAAAUGAAAAUAUCUCUUUUACAUUUGGAUCAUAUCUAAAACGUAAACUAGAAAUUGAAGGUAAAGAACUUUAAAAAAAUGAAAAUUUAUUGGCAAUUAACAAUCUUAAAAGGUAUUUAGGUUUAUAGAUAUCCAAUAAGCUCCUAACUUUAAUGUAAUAAAAUGAUGAAAAAUUGGAAGAAGUAAUUAAAAUUUAUAGAAAUCUUAAAUAAGAUAAGCAAUAUGAUGAUAGUUUAAUCAUAAAAGUUUCUCAUUAAUAAAUAACAAAGAUAAUACAAAAAUUAGAGCAGUAUUUCGAAAACAUAUAAGAUAUCAUUAAAAUCAUGAGGCUCAAUUAGAACAAAUAGAAAGAGAUAGGUCAAAUUACCAAUUUUCAGAAACUUAAUGAUUUGUUAAGAUUAUAGGUAGAUUUAGAAUUAUAUCUGAUUUUGUUUGAUAGAAAUCAAACACAAAACAUCAAAGGCAAAGUCGCCAAUAAUGAGCUUUUUGAUUUGAUAACAUUAAUUACAGAUGAACUAAAAAAUAAAGAUUUUUAAGAGUAUAAUUUCUCAUCCUUUGACUUAUCAGCAAUCUAACAAAAUAGAAAUAAAAUUUUGAAGGAAGUUGAAAAGCUUGUUGGUAUUUAUGAAAUGGAAAUUUACAAAUUAAUAACAAAUUAGUUAUUGCAAUCUUCUUAGAACUUAGUCAAUUAUCUACAAUCAGAGUAUGAAAGCAGGUGCGAUGAACUUUAAAAACAAUUUUCGAAGCUCAAUUUCCACCUUUAAGGAAUAAUGGUCAUUAAGUAUUAAAUGAAGACAGUCACCUAAAUCUGUUAACUUGAAAAAAUUAAAUAAGUUUUUAUUGAUAUGCAUUUACUUAAAUUUCUCGAAGACUUAAGAUACGAGAAUCUAAAGCUAAAAUUAAAAUUGGUUGCUUUAAAAAGAGCAUUUUCAUUUAUUUUAUAAAAAGCUGAACCAGAGGAAUUAAGAAAGUUGUCAGAAGUUAUAAAUGUUGGUGGAUUUCUACUAAAUAUAAUUUAAGAAUUCCAAAAAGGAAUUCAGACCACUAAUUUUGAAGCAUAACUUCAGAUUGAAUUAAAAAAUAUUGAAAUAAUAAAAAAAGAGGACUUUGAAGAUAGAUUAUCAAAGUAAUAAGGAAUAGUAAAAUACCUCAUAUUUAAAUAAAGUAUAAAUGAAAAACUGAUAGAAUAAGAUGAAAUAGAUUUAGAGUUAAUUAAGAAGGAAUUUGGAUAAUUAUAAAUUGAAGAAACUCCUUCUUCUACUUUUGAGAAAUUAAAGUAAAUUUUUCAAAAUCUAAACGUUGAUGAAUCCUUAUAAAGGGUGAUGGAUGAAAAAUUGAAUUCAUCUUAAUUGAAAUUGGAAUAAGAAAAAUAUGGUAUUUUUUUAUCUCAAUUAAAACAAAUUGGAGAUUUUAGAAAAUAGAUAUAGAUCAAAAAUUGGAAUCAAUUAAUCCAAUAAACAGAAACUGUGAUUCGAACAUUGGAAAAUUUUGGAUGCCCAGACAAGGAAACUAUUAAAAUGUUAAUUAAUGAAGAGCUGAUCCUAUUAAAAUCUAUAAUAAUCUAAUAAAUAAUAAAUAAUGAGGAAUUGUAAGUAUCUACAUCCCAAAAAGACAACAAAAGAGUUGAUACGGAGGGCAAUGAAAAAUGUCAUUAAGUUGAAAAAGUUUAAUAGAUUGAUUUACAAGUCAAAAAAAGUGAAAAUGCUAAUUAAACAUUUAAUUUUUAUAGCAAUGAAAGCUAUAGAACUUACCUAUCAUUCAUAUUGAAGGUUGUAAAGUUAAAAAAAUUAAUACUUAAAUAAUAGAUGGCUCUUUUACACAAUUUACUUGAAGAAGUUAAUUUUUUCUCCAAUACAAUUAAUUAAAUUGAAAAAUUCAAUAAAGAAAUUUAAACAAAAUUCUAAUAAAGAUUUUAAUUUUGUAUUUAAGAAUAUAUUUAGAAGUUUGAGUAAUUACAAUUUUCAUAAAUUAAUUUAUCUUAGAAAAAAGAUGAAAAUUUUCAUUUGUACUUAGAAAGUUUGGAAGCCAAGUUAUUUAAAAGGAUAAAUGAUGAAGAGAUUAUUCAAAUUAAUAUAAAUAUCUUUGAUUUUCUUAAUUGUUUGGAAGUUUAUUUACGAAAUAAAUUAGUUUAAAAAAGUACAUUUUCAAUUAACUAAGUUGAGGAAGAUUGUUUAUAUCAAUUAAUAAAAAAAAUAUACUUACAUUAAGACAGUGAAAAAGUAGAUGAUGUGGAGGAGUCAAAAGAAAAAUUUGGGUUCUUAGAUAAUCUCGUUCAAAGGUUCAAAGACUUUACAAAUAAUGAAUAAUGGAAAAUUAAAUAGGGUCUAGUGUUUACUAUAAUUUAGAUAUCUUCUAAUUGCUUUUCAGAUUCCAUAACUUCUUUUUGUUAGAAAGUUCUUAUCUAAUUAUGGGUUUAAGAAAAAGAUCUAAGAGUUAGAAAUAUUUUAAAAAAUAAAGACUUGAUAAGUAUGUAAAUGUAGAUUUUGUAGAAAGAUUGGUAAUCUUAACACAAUAGAAUUGCAGGUAAAAUGUAGGAGAUGUUGAGAAGAAUUGAUGAAUUGUAGGAAUAAAUUUCUCAUGAGGCUAAUCUCAACAAGCGAGAUAUAUAACUAAAAGAACUUGAUGAAACAACAGAGCAAUUAGAUUAAUAAAUUGAAAAUAUCAGUGAAAUGGGUUAAUAACUGAGACUGGUUUGA